AUGACGCUGAGGUGGCGGAGGACGGGGACGAACCCCCCCGAUCACUACCACCUACAAGAUCCGCAGAUCGAAGACGACGAAGUUUUUGCUCGACCAACCUUUAUCAAACAGAAGGAAUCACUGCUCACUCGUGCGCUGAAGAGUAGCCCGGAAAUGUCACCUACCGAAAAACACCUCCCAUCUAUGCACGACUCCGCCUACUCCUACCGCUCUUAUCCCCACAGCAAUAUCUCUGGACUCUCGACAGCUGAGUUGACUAGCGAUGGUGGUCUUACCAGUCCUUCUCUAUCCAAUACCCCCAGCCCUCCACUCCCCCCGCAGAUGAUGGGUAAAAUGGGAAAGUUGGGCAAGGCGAUGGCUGGACACAAGGAAGUUACUCAACGUGUGAAGGUCGUGGAUACCAAUGAGACUACUGUGGAGGCCAACUUGGGCCGUAGACGUUGCAUUAGCUUUGCCUGUGGAAAAUCUCAAGAUCCCAACGAGCCCAAGCCUGGUCCACCUCAAAGAGUUCAGACUUUUCCUGUUACUACUCCACAAAAGGAAACUUCUCCGCCACCUCUCAAACGCCAAUCUACCCUGACCUUUGUAUGCCCUGGUAGACAGUCUACUGUUGAAAGAGAGCGCUCCCCGGCCCGUAAAUCGGCAUUCAGGUCUCGAUGCCGGGGCUCCCCUGCUCCUGUCUCCCGUAAGGCUUCUCCUCCUACUCAGACAUUGGAAAAGGCAGAGGCGGGGGUUCCCACCAGUGGACUGGGCAAAUUUGAAGAAUCCGAGGCCACACGGUUUCAUGAAUUUGCCAGUUCUGUUGAUGAGGAUGAUGAGUGGGUCAAGCAAACUACCGAGUUCACCGAAAAGAUUACUAUGAACGACUGCAUGAAAAAGGAGAACGAGAUUCGCCGACUUGGUCGAGAGGCUGAGGAGGAAGCCGAAGAGGAAGAAGAUGACGAUAUUGAGGAUCUCGCUGACGAUGACUCGACUGUUCACGACUUUUCUUCCGACGAUGGCAACGAGUCCGAUAACGAAGCUGGCUUUGCAGACUCUGAUGACAGUGAUGAUGACGGCUCGGACUACGAAUUUUGGGCACCAUCCGCGACUGCUUCAGACACCAAUGUUCCCUCUAUUGACUUCUUUCCCGCCCCUAUGCAACGCCGUGCGUCGAAUACUUCCUAUGAGUCAAUGACUGAGGAUCAACAGAAGUGGCUCCCCGCACCUGUUCGAAAGACUAGUGGUCGACGAAGUGCCCCCAGGCCCAUCAAGAUGCGACCUGGCACACCCAACCUGCCCGAUAGCACUGAUUUCGUUUGUGGAACCUUGGAUGAGGACCGUCCUCUCGAAGCUGCCUACAAAUCUUGCAUUGAACAGCGACGCAUGUCUAAGCAUGUGCUUAUUCCGCAAGAUAUCGAUCCUAGCUUCCCAACUAGCGACCCUGAGGCCGAGGAAGACCUGGAGGAUCUCUCUGAAGACUUGGACACCUUUGUUCUCGAACCCACUCGCGGCCGGACAGAAAACAACACUCGAACAUCUCCCCGACACUCGCCCAAGCGCAUGGUGUCUCCUCCUCCACCCUCUCGUCGUGCUGGCCGGAUCUCUCCCAAGCGUCUUAAGUCGCCACCUCCUCGCAUGCGAGCCAAGUCCCCCUCGCCUAAGAAGUGGUCUGAAAUUGAAAUGCCUGUCGUGGAAUCCCCUCGUGGUGUCAACAUCAGCAAUCUGAUUCAACAACGCCAGCCUUUGGUUCGCACCAAGUCACUUCCUCGAACUCCAAACCCAUUCUUUGCUACCGACCAGCCACAUCGGUACCUUGGAGUCUCAACUGAAUCUCCCGAGCGUGAGCGUUCUCGCACUCGGGAAUUACACAACCGUGGACCCAUCGACAUUGUCGAGGGCCUCGAAAAGAAACGUCAGAAACGUAAAGAAAAGUUCUGGCGUCAACACUGCCGUAAAGCUGCCAAAGAACAGGCGGUGCGGCGGCCGAUUCCCGGCAAGGGAGCCGAACGGAUGAAGGAGCUUGGCCUCGAAGUUGCUGAGAGGUGCAGAGCUUAUGGGGUCGCUCAAGAUACCCAGCUCGUCCUAUCCGUUUAG